AUGUCAACACAGCCAGCAGUUGUAUUGCCAUUAACCGUUCGUAAUGCAGCCGAGGACAUAUCUGAGGGCAAUGAGAGUUCAAUCGUGCGUGCUUCCGUAGUGGUAGCAUGUAUCUUGUAUGCCUUUCUCCUUGCAUUCGUUCAAGGUUAUCGAGCAGGCCGCAUGGCUGGUCAACAGUCCAAGAGCAGAGUCUCAGACGUUCUAGUAUUCGUGCAAGGUUUCUUUUGCACGAUCCUCAUAAUUGCCGCUGCUUUGGUGGUGGUCACAGGGCCCGGCUUGCAUGGAUAUAAUGAAUGCCAAACUGCUCUUAUCAUCUGUGUUGUUGGGUUUGGAGGGACAAAGGUCGCUCUGUAUCUUUUUCUGCUCGAGCGUGUUCGCAUCGUCCGGGCUCCGUUCAUCAAUCGCUGGCGUGAUCCACUAUACGUCGUUGGAGGGUUUCUGGUAGUGAGCAGCUUUAUUGCAGUAACGGGCUCACAGUUUGCCAGUCGAAUAGUUGUAUUCCCAGGUGCCGGCCGUGAAUGUAGCAUCGGAUUUCGUCCGCCGACUGCCUAUCUCAUUGUGGCACUCGAUGUUACUGCCAACCUAGCUCUGACGGGGAUCUUUAUAUGGCAACUUCGUCCAGCUGUGGCUUUGCAAAUACCUCGAAUACCAAGCACAGCCAAUAGCGCUGGAGGGGCAAACGAUUCCAACGCCGAAGGAAUCGGACUAUGGAUAAGAAGCGUACGCAAGACGGUAUGGGGCUCUUCUCUGAGCAAUUUGCAAGUCAUGUUGGUACGGAACGUCGUCGGCGCGGUCAUCAUGCUCGUCAGCUCUAUUACCUUCAACGUCCUCAUGGCUAGCCAAGAUUUUGCAAGACGGGGUCAUGUUUGCCUGUCGCUGUGUUUGACCGAUGUGGCCAUCUGUAUGCUUGUGACGCAGUAUUUGACGAUGCGCUCGGUCGAACAGGAGCCCGCAUCACAGAGACCUCCUCGCCCUGCACUGGAGAUAUGGAAUAGCCCAGUGUCUCCCUCGAACAGUGCACUCUCCAGCGUCCCUUAUCUAGAUCUUAGCAACAAACAUCUCAAAGGACAUGUGUGUACAACUGGGCAGCUAUCAUCUUUUGACUCUGCGAUCGGCAAAAGCACACACCCUAAUGUUCCUUGA